AUGAAGGAAAAAUGUAAAAACGCGGCGAAGACCCGCAGAGAGAAGGAGAACGGAGAGUUCUACGAGCUGGCCAAGCUGCUGCCUCUGCCGGCGGCCAUCACCUCCCAGCUGGACAAGGCCUCCAUCAUCCGGCUGACCAGCAGCUACCUCAAGAUGAGGGCGGUGUUCCCGGACGGUCUCGGUGAUGGAUGGGGUCAGUCGACGAGGUUCAGUCCUCUGGACGGCAUGGCCCGAGAGCUGGGCUCGCACCUUUUACAAACUCUGGACGGCUUCGUGUUCGUCGUGGCCCCUGAUGGAAAAAUCAUGUACAUCUCUGAAACGGCGUCGGUCCACCUCGGCCUGUCCCAGGUGGAGCUAACAGGAAACAGUAUAUUUGAGUACAUCCACCCGUCAGACCACGACGAGAUGACGGCGGUGCUGGGUCUCUGCCAGCCCCCACACCAUCACUUCUCUCUCGAGUACGAAAUCGAGCGCUCCUUCUUCUUGAGGAUGAAAUGUGUUCUCGCCAAACGAAAUGCAGGACUGACCUGUGGAGGAUAUAAGGUCAUCCACUGCAGCGGCUACCUGAAGGUGCGUCAGUACAUGAUGGACGUGGCGCUGUAUGAAUCCUGUUAUCAGACUGUGGGUCUGGUGGCGGUCGGUCACUCGCUGCCGCCGAGCGGCAUCACCGAGAUCAAACUGCACAGCAACAUGUUCAUGUUCCGGGCCAGCCUGGACUUCAAACUCAUUUUCCUGGACACGAGGGUGGCAGAUCUGACCGGCUACGAGCCUCAGGACCUGAUCGAGAAGACUCUGUACCACCACGUCCACACCUGUGACGUCUUCCAUCUACGCUACGCUCACCAUCUAUUGCUGGUGAAAGGGCAGGUCACCACUAAGUACUACCGCAUGUUAUCAAAGCAUGGUGGCUGGGUGUGGGUGCAGAGCUACGCCACCAUCGUCCACAACAGCCGUUCCUCCAGACCUCACUGUAUCGUCAGCGUGAACUACGUCCUCACCGACAUCGAGUGCAAGGAGCUGCAGUUAUCUGAAGACCAGAGUCGAGCCACUAAACCCGUCCUCAGUCUGCCUUCAUCUCACGACCGCCACAAACAACUCCGAACAAAAACAGUGAAGAUGAAAACCAAAGUGAGAGCGGCUCCAUAUCCAGAGCAGCAGACCACCAGCCACUUCCAGUCGGACCACUCGAGCUGCUCGCCACAGAGGGGGCUGUGGAAGGAGAGGUCCCUGUACCCAGCAGCCCCCUGCAGGGAGAAGAGCUCCAGCUUAAGUCCUGAAGGAGGCCAGGAGUCCUGCAGCCCCACUUACAAUCUGACCCACCACCACCACCACCCCUACAAACAGAGUCAGCCGCAAAGCUCAGGUCCGUCCUCUCAGCUGACUCAGCAAAUCAUCGGCUCCCUGCACAGCAGAGAUUCUGUUGGGUGGAACAUCAACAGCCCAGCAGUACCCAACAAGUACUCAGGCUCCAUGCUGGCAGCUGACCGUCGGUACCCUGCUGAGAUCUACCAUCAUCCUUCCAGCAGACUGAAGGAAGAACCUUACGACCAUCACAUGCUCUUCCACAGCAAGAUGUCUGAAGUUUGUCCAAACCCCCGAUCCCGUGCCAUCAAGGACGUUAAGCCUGUCAGCCAGGAUGUCCGGCAUAAUACGAAAGGUGCCGAGGGUCUUCAAGGUGACCGGGUCCUGGCCAGUCCUUUGCUCAGUGGCCUGGUUCUGGGUAAAGGUGAGCAGGGUGGCUUGCUGCACAGCGUGGGUCAGCCUCUCCCUGUAGGGAGGAGGCUGGGUAUGAUGGAGGCUCCCUACAUCCACCCAGCCGCAUACACACAACCUGCUGACGGCCACGGAGCAGAGCUGCAGCCCAGAGCUGCUGAGGACGACCGGAGAACGUUGACCGAUGUCGGGGUUGGACUUCCAGCCCACGCUCCAUAUGUGUCUUUGAACUUUCAUAAAGUCUUGAGCAAACACAGUUGUAUCAAAGCUCACCCUUUCUCCACGCUGAACCAUCUAACAGACAGCUACACCUGCCACGGUAAAGAGAUGGCCUCCUACACCAGCCAGAGCCCCAGCUCCAGCUCGUCCCCCGAGAGCCAAGCAGAGAUCCCACAUUACAUCAGCACGUCUGUCAUUAUCACAAACGAGAGGUGACCAGGACAGACCCUCAGGAAACUCUUAGACCAGAACUCCUUCGGGAGGGUCACUCGUCUUCUUCAUUCAAUGGUCUUUUCAGACGGGGAGCGACUGACUCGCCUUUUCAAAGAGAGGCAGGCGCGAUCACGUGAAACUCGGUUUCUAAGCAACGCACUUGUCAGGCACUGACCACCAUGAUGAGCGACCGAUCUUGGAGGUUUGUGCGUUAUCG